AUGAAUGGUUUGUAAUAGAAAAUAUUACAAUUUAAUAAUUUGGGUAUCGGGAAUGCUUUAUUGAUAAUAAUAUGUUCACAUUAUCUCACAAUUAAAAAGAAUAAAUAUCUAUUUUUGAGACAAACAGUAGUUUUCAAGUUCGAAUGA